AUGCCCGGCUUUGAGAAGUCGGUAAAAGGGGCCACCAAGCUAAAGCUCGCGGCCCCUAAAUCCAAAUAUGUCGAGACUAUCCUCAUGGCGACCCACACCGGCGAGGCUGGAGUCGCAGAAGUAUUCCGAACACUCCAACACAGACUGCGCGAUUCAGCAUGGACCAUAGUAUUCAAGGCACUUAUCAUCGUUCACCUCAUGAUCCGAGAAGGCCAACAAGAUGCCGCACUUGCGUACCUAUCCGAUCACCCGAAACACAUCGCGCCUAGCAAUUUCUCUGAAGCGCAAUCACAAGGACAUAAUAUCCGACGGUACGCCGACUAUCUUAUUGCCCGCGCAAGAGCAUUUGAUGCGACAAAGACAGAUUACGUGCGAAGCGGACCUGGGCGCCUGAAGCGACUAAGUGUGGAGAAGGGUCUUUUGAGAGAAACUGAAUUUGUACAGAAGCAGAUUCGUGCAUUGCUUCGAUGUGAUCUGUUAACGGAUGAGCCCGAGAACGAGAUCAGUCUGACCGCAUUUCGGCUUCUAACACUAGACCUGCUUACUCUGUAUUCAGUGAUGAAUGAGGGUACAAUCAAUGUCUUGGAGCACUAUUUUGAAAUGUCAAGGCCGGAUAGUGAACGUGCCUUGGCAAUCUAUAAGACUUUCACGAAACAGACGGAGGAAGUCGUGCAGUUCCUUGGAGUUGCGAGACACUUCCAGUCCGCCACUCGGUUGGAAAUUCCGAAACUCAAGCACGCUUCCACUGACCUUGCACGUCUUCUUGAAGAUGAUCUAAACGAUCCCGAUUUUGAUCUUCGUCGACGAGAAUAUCUAGUCCAGAAAGGCGUCAAACCCCCUGGACAAGCUCCAUCCGCUGCAACUACUAGCAACCAACCGCCUAGCCAGCCGCCUAACCAACCGCAGGCUUCUGCUUCACAGGCUUUCCCAAGCCUGGCCAAGGAACAGCCUAAGGGACCAGCCCCGGACUUGAUUGAUUUCUUUGAUUCAAUUGAACAGAACCAGCAGCCUAUGGCCCAGCAACAAUACCAACAAACCGGCUACCAGCAACCUCAGCAAGCGUUUUACCCCCAGCAGACCGGUUUCCCGCAACAGCAACAGCAGCAGCAGCCCCAGAUGACAGGAUAUGACAUACAGAAUCCCUAUGGAAACGCCCCACAGCAAAACAACGGAAAUCCAUUUGGACAGCUGCAAUCACAGCAGCAAGUACAACAGACGCAGCAGGUACAGCCGCAGCUACAGCCUCUCCAGGCUACUCCAACGGGUGCUGGCUUUGGUGGAUAUACACCACAACCGCAGUCAUAUUACCAAUCGCAGCUGGGAGCAAUCCCACAGAACGGAGUCACCUCGUUCCCUCAGCAACAGCAACAGCCACAGCAACAGCCGCAGCAGUUACAACAGCAACCGACAGGCUCGAACCCUUUCCGUCAGUCUACAAUGUUCAGCCAGGCGACUGGCAGUGCACCAGCAGCUGCUCUGAAACGGCAGGACACGAAUCCAUUUGCCAAGCGCCUUUCCAUGGCACCCCAGUCCAACUAUGGUGCUCCUGAGCCAAUGCCUCAAGUCCCACAGAUGCCUCAAGUGCAGCAGGCGCCGCAACCACUUCAACAACAGCGUACAGGAACCAAUCCCUUUGCUCGGAACUCUGUCGCUCCUACGAACGCCGGCUUAGCUCCACUCCAACCCAAUCCUACUGGAAGUACCAAUCCUUUCCGACAGAGCCAGUUCAUCAACCAGCAAACUGGCCAAGGUUGGCAGAAUACACAAAAUGGAACGAUGGGUGGGUUAGAACAGCUGCCUACCGUCCCAGUAUUCCCGCGUCCCGGGAUGGCCUAG